AUGUCGGGGCCCUACCGCUUCUCGCAGCCGGACCGCGUCACGUCCCCCUUAGACCAGCGGCCCCCGAAUCCCUUUCCCAGCGGCCAGCCCGUGUCGUUCAAAACCAACAUCAACCGCAACAAGACAAGGAAGUGGGUUCAAGCGAAGGCCUUCUCGUAUGACGGCGAUGAUUGGGGCGACUAUGACGAGGACGAUGAGUAUGGAGUAGCCGCCCACGCCUCGCAGAACCCCCAGGCUCCCACCGGCCUGAGGCAGCGCGGCCAGAGCAUAGACAAAACUGGCGCAUCGCGGAGCUUCACCGAGCCCGUUCAAGCUCCCGCGUCUGCCCAAGCUCCCGUGCUUGGCCGUCGCUCAUCCUUCGAGUACGGCGAUGAGAAGCAGGCCUUCUCAGCGUCGCUGAACCACGCGCAAACGAUGCCGCCGCCUAUCAACACGUCGGUACCAGGAGGGAAUGGAAAGGCGCCUGCUGUCGGGCCUGCGCCCGGUGCCGAUGCACCUCAGCAAGUGCUAUCUACGUCCCCGCAACAAACCCAAGAGCCCGAAUCCGCGCAGAGCCGCAUCUCGAAUACAAGCUGGGAUCCGUCAGUAGUGAGUGACUCCUCCGCUUAUCAGGCCCCUCAACUCCGCCGCGACUUCUCCGUAUCUGCCCUUCCACCACCUCUGCAAAUGAGGCCGCACAACACAUCCACUCCCACCGCACCCCAGGAAUCACCAUCUUCCCGCUUUCCACCCCGGAAAAGCAGCCUCAGCCAGGCGUCAGCAGAACCGGUCCAGGCCGGCGACUCAGCGCAAUCAACACCAACAGCGUCUCGGCAGCGCGCCCCCAGCAACCCCAAUAAGCCCUUGCCCUUUAUCCGCCCGGCCGACAUCUACAAGCGUGUGGAAGAGGAGCGCAGAAAGGCGUCAAUGGACUCAGAGAGGCCAAGCCUGGAUUUCGUAACUCGCCCGUCCGCAGCUGAGUUGCAAUCGCCUGGCGCGAUAGCAGCAAGCAGCUCGGAUAGCCUGGAUCGCGACCACAGUUCCAAUGUGGACCGCUAUGAUGGCGGAAGGGGACAGAGCUUAGCUCCGCUUGAGACUGUCGCUGAGAGGAAGAGCGAGUACCUGCCCGAAUUUUCCCUCGUUCAAGCCGAAAAGGCAGCAAAGGCCGAGUCUCAACAGGCCACGCCUUCGCAGUCUCGCCCGCCACAAAUAUCAGCGCUGCCUGAUGUCCCUGUGUCGUCGUUCGGCGCGGACUUUUGGGGUUCCGCAGAGAAACCUUCCACAGCAUCUUCCAGCGCACAGCAGCUUGCAGAGGCUAACAACGUCCUUCCGCAGCCCGAGGUUGGUCCCUCCGAAGACACGUCCCUCCACCACCAGCCGUCGCAUGGUUUCCGUACCGCCGUCCGUAACGCGUUCGAGCGUAAAGACGAUAACUCGGUUCCGGCUACUCCGGUGUCUAAAUCCAAUUCACUUUCUGCCGGAGGCAGUGGUGUUUCCAGGAGCAACACCGAUAGCACGGCUGGCAUUAGCCCCAUCAUGAGUCGGGUGCCUAGCGGCGCAAAUCCUACGUCCUGGAAAAGGGACAUGGAAAAUGCCACGCCUGCGAUUGCCGAGGAGCCUGCCGUUCGAUCAAGACCUGCUUCAUCUGGAACUCUCCAGCAAGUCCAGGCCAACUCCUCGCUCUCUCACUCGAGAGACGGAUCAACGAGCUCGAUCCCGCGCAUUGGCACGCCGACUGGCAGACGCCCGCUAGGCACACCAAGCCCCAGCCAGAGCCCCGCCAAAUCCCCCUUCAUUGAGCCUGCUAAGCCAGUGCCUGCUGGGGAAUCUGGCGAGCUCAGCGGGGUUGGUCCCCUUGACCCUGCGAGCCCCACAAACUUCGCCACGCGAGAGGCUGAUCUGGUCUCAUCCCCUUCCAGUAGUAAUAAACGCACGAGUGCUAACAUGGGAGCGGAGGAGAAGCAGGCACAGACAUCUUUCUUGGAGCAUCGACGCCAAUCCGUUGAAGCUUCACCGGAACGCGCUUCCCCUGUCUCAAGGGCAGAAUCACCGACCAAGGGAAGGGUCCGUGAUCUCGCAGGGAAGUUUAACGAGAUCGUUAGCGACUCGAGGCGCAAUUCGACCUCCUCCCUUAAAAGUAAUGGAUCUGGGAACAAGAGGCUCUCCAGACCAUCAUCACCCACGAAGGAAACGGCCGGCGAGCGUCCGCAGCCCGAAAGGGAAGCCAGUUUCCGGCCAAAGCUGCCUGGCACGUGGGAGUCGUACACUACUGUGGGCCAGUCCUCUCCCGACAAGGAAAAGCAGGAACCCGCUAUGGCCCCCGUGCAGGAACGCGAGGAUAUGCCGCUGCCGACUAAGAACAAUGACGCUCUUGGAGAUGCGGACAUAACUCCAACAACGGCGAAGCACCCUGUCGAUCACAAGGAUGCCGUCGAUCCGGUGCAUGAUCCGAUGGGAGCUCUUGCCGCUGCAGGGGCUGCUAUUGGAGAAUCGAUUAAGUCUGCCGUUGCGCCAGAGCAGCGGAGCCCGACCAGGUCGGAACCUGAGUCCUGGGAAGGAUCCAACGCUUCGGACGACCAGCCACCAGUCGUGGAAGAAGAGAGGAAAGGCAGGGCAGUUGGCGAUGUGUACCUUCGUCCUCUACAGCUUGACAGAACAGCGUCAUCAAUUGCGUCGUCGAGCGGUGCGCCAACCCCCAAUGGCGAUCGCGAAGAUGACUCGCCUAUAAAGGCGCCUCCACCACUCAGGUCGUCCAGAAGCCCGUCCCUUCAGCCACCGGGCCUGGAAACCCGCGACACUGCGCAGACAUCUUCUGAGAACUACAGCCCUGGUCCUGACACGUCGGAUUUGGCAACGGAUAGGCUGACUGCGGACAUCAUGAAGCGGCUUAGCACUCCUAGUCUCGUUGGCAGUGUCCCGGAUGUUAACCGUACUCAAACGCCGCAACCAACUGCUCAAGAGACGCCCAAAGCCUUGCAGGAGACCCGUGCCAGCUCCGUGGUGCCGAGCGAGUACGAAUAUUACUGGGCCGCUGGCGGUGAAGAUGCAAGUGGUGACGGCUCGGGCCACAACGCGGCCCCACAAACCACAGCGCCGGAGAGCACAAUUCGCACGGUUGAGCCAGAAGGGCCGGCGGCUCCUGCAGGCGACAGCUCCUCGCGACCGGGCUUUCUGUCAAAGAAGUUCAGUUGGGAGAGACAAGAAGGUACUGGAAAUGCCGCCGCUCAGGCCUCUCCUUCGGGAGCACAGGCGCCGGCGGCCAGCAAAGAGAGCGCUUCCACCGCCCCGGGAGCUGACAGCUCAUACUUUGCGGCAGCACCGCAGCCUGAAGACCACCCCUCGGUCGCCAAGGCCAUUUCUGAGUUGCCCGAUGCGCCAGGACUCCAUUCUGAUGGGUUGCACAUUGUCAACCCUGAGCCCGAGCUCGACAGCUCGUCAGCGUCGGGUGUGGAACUCGAGGCCCCUGCAGCGCCCAAUCAGCCACUUGACGCCGACGCGUGGCGAGCACAGACGAACGAUGUCGAUCCCCCAUCCUCGCAGCCUCUGUUCUCGCCGGCCCAACAAACGCCUUUUGGAGCCGCGCACCAGCAGGAGCAGCGCAUGCCCCUGUUCCGGGAGAUCCUUGCGCUGAAGUCCACGGACGAGCGCCUUGCCAAGUAUCAUCAGACGCGAGAGCAGUUCGCGGGCAUGGACACGGGCCUCCGCAACUGGGUCUCCACUACUCUGGCUAAUAAACCAGAGCACGCCGAGCUUGCAAACCUUCCCAAGCAGCCGCUGCCACCCAUCUCAACCACGCACAGCAGCAGCGGCGGCGGCCUGAUGAUGCGCCACAAGCACAAUGCUUCCAUCUCCCACUUUGCGACGGGCUUCCGCAAGACCAGCCAAACGGCCUCCGGACUGACUUCCGGGCCUGGAGGGCACGACAACGUUUCCAGCCCCACGGAUGGUGGCCAGCCAAGCGGUGCCGGCCUCGAGAAGAUGAUGCAGGUCAGAGGCAAGGACCUGCUCAAGGGUGCCGGCGUUCUGGGUGGAAAGGGAAUGAAGGAGGCCAAGGGUCUCUUCGCCAAGGGGCGGAGCAGAUUCAGAGGCGAAAGCAAGGUAGAUUGA